CUAGGAAAGGCCCUGCCCACUCACUUUCAGCGAAUGGGAAAGAGAAGGAGGCGAGGCAGCAGCAGGCCUGGCAUUGAAGGUUGGUUGCAUGGCAGUCACUUUGAUGAAAGCGAGGACCGCUUAUCUGGUCGAUGGUUUGGGGCGUAUUUUUGACAAGUUUGUGAACUUCGGGAAACUGCAUUUGACUGAGCUGGAGCGGCUGUGUCACGAAGAUCACUUUGGAUUGUGAAAUCUGGAAUUUAUUGAAUUUUCUUUUUAGGCUAUGGCACUGAAAGAAACUUUAACUUUAUGUUGUCGAGAAGAUUGUUAAUAAGCAGCCAGUACUAAAACGGAAUACUUUGACACGUAUCACGAUUCAUAAUGGAUAACCAAGCGCAGGGUGCUGGUGGGGAAGACCCCAGCAAAAACUACAGAAGAAAAGCUAACGAAGAUGAGAUCAAAAAUAAACCUAAACUGAAUAUACAAAUAAAAACAUUGGCUGAUGAUAUGCGAGACAGAAUUACCAGUUUCAGAAAAUCAGGUGCUAAACGAGAGAAGCCUGUAAUUCAGCAUCUAAUAGAUGCACAACCCACAGGGAGUGAGCUGCCCUUGGCACAACCAUUUUUUGAUGAGCGGUCCAUGAAUUUGUCUGAGAAAGAGAUUGUUGAUCUCUUUGAGAAGAUGAUGGAAGAUAUGAAUCUAAAUGAAGAACGUAAAGCUCCACUGCGUGAAAAGGAGCUAAGCACCAAACAUGAGAUGGUCGUCCAGUAUAUUUCUGCAACUGCCAAAUCUAUAACUGGGAGCAAGGUUACGGGAGGUUUAAGAAACACCAAGCAUGAAUGUACUCUGUCUUCCCAAGAAUAUGUGCAUGAGUUACGUUCUGGAAUCACUGAUGAAAAGCUCCUUAACUGCCUUGAAUCUCUGAGAGUCUCUUUAACCAGUAACCCCGUAAGUUGGGUAAAUAACUUUGGACAUGAAGGCCUGGGACUUUUGCUGGACAUCUUGGAGAGGCUACUGGACAAAAAGCAACAAGAACCAAUUGACAAAAGAAAUCAGCAUAAACUUAUUCAGUGUCUCAAGGCCUUCAUGAAUAACAAGUAUGGCUUACAAAGGAUUCUGGGAGACGAGAGAAGCCUUCAGCUCCUGGCCCGAGCAAUUGAUCCAAAACAAGCAAAUAUGAUGACAGAAAUAGUUAAAAUUCUUUCUGCCAUUUGCAUUGUGGGCGAAGAAAAUAUACUUGAAAAGAUAUUAGCAGCCAUGACUAUAGCUGCUGAACAUAAUAAUAAAGAAAGGUUCUCUCCUAUUGUGGAAGGACUAGAAAACCAUGAAGCUCCCCAAUUACAGGGAGCUUGCAUGCAGUUGAUCAAUGCCCUGGUCACAUCUCCAGAUGAUCUAGAUUUCCGGAUACAUCUCCGUAAUGAAUUUUUGCGCUGUGGUCUGAAGAAAAUCCUACCUGAGCUCCAAGAGACUGAAGAACUUGAUAUCCAGUUGAAGGUGUUCAAUGAACAUAAGGAUGAUGACUUAAUUGAAUUAUCUCAUCGUCUAGAUGACAUACGAACAGAGAUGGAUGACAUGAAUGAGGUGUACCAUUUGCUGUCGAACAUGGUGAAAGAUACUACAGCCGAGAAUUACCUCCUUUCAGUUCUCCAACACCUGCUGCUGAUAAGGAAUGAUUAUUAUAUCAGGCCUCAAUACUAUAAGGUGAUAGAAGAAUGCAUUUCACAAAUUGUGUUGAAUCGCAGUGGAAUGGACCCUGACUUUGGCUACAGGCACAGACUAGAUGUUGAUUUUAUGCAUCUUGUUGAUCAAUUGGUGGACAAAGCCAAAGUAGAGGAAAGUGAACAGAGGGCAGAAGAGUUUUCCAAAAAGUUUGAUGAAGAGUUCACAGCUCGACAGGAGGCGCAGGCAGAGCUGCAGAAACAAGCGGAGAAAAUCAAAGACCUUGAAAAACAGAUUCAGACACUGCAGGAACAGCUAGCUAGUCAGAGAAAUAGAGUGAAAGAGCUCCUUCUGAAAACCUGUGAAACUGAUGGGCAGGGUCCUAAGGCAUCAGUUGCUGGUGCUAUUCCACCCCCUCCACCUCCUCCAGGAGGAGCACCACCUCCACCCCCACCUCCACCUCCUCCUGGGGGUUGCCCACCUCCUCCACCCCCUUUACCAUGUGGUAUGCCACCUCCACCGCCUCCACCCCCUGGUAUGGGGCCUCCACCACCUCCUGGUCUCCCUGGUAUGCCUCCGCCACCACCACUUUUUGGGGGACCCCCACCACCUCCUGUACAAGAAAAGCUACCUUAUGGCCUCAAACCUAAGAAGCUUUACAAGCCUGAAAUCACAAUGAAGAGGAUUAAUUGGUCCAAGAUUGUGCCUCAGGAAAUGACAGAGAACUGCUUUUGGGUAAAAGUCAGAGAAGACAAGUUUGAAAAUCCUGAUCUCUUUGCAAAACUGUCCCUCAAUUUUGCAACCCAGACAAAAGUGAGGAAGGUUUUGGAUGAGACUGAUGAUAACAGAGUAAAGAAAAAGGUGAAGGAGCUACGAAUACUGGAUGCCAAAACAGCUCAAAACCUUUCCAUUUUUCUGGGUUCUUUCCGGAUGCCUUAUGAAGAGAUCAGAAAUAUCAUUCUGGAGGUUGAUGAGGAGAGGCUAAGUGAAUCACUAAUCCAGAAUCUGAUAAAGAAUCUACCAGAGCAAAAGGAGCUGAAUGCUCUUGCAGAGCUGAAAAGUGAAUAUGACGAUCUCUGUGAGUCCGAGCAGUUUGGUAUUGUGAUGAGUACAGUAAAGCUGCUGAGGCCUCGACUCAAUGGCAUCCAGUUUAAAAUGACCUUCGAAGAGCAGGUUAACAACAUUUGGCCAAACAUAAUGAGUGUGACAUAUGCCUGUGAUGAAGUUAUGAAAAGUGAAAACUUCAGCAAGUUCCUCGAGCUGGUGCUGCUAGUUGGAAAUUACAUGAACACAGGCUCCCGUAAUGCUCAGACCUUUGGGUUCAACAUUAACUUCUUAACUAAGCUUAGAGAUACCAAGUCCGCUGAUCAGAAAAUGACAUUGCUGCAUUUUCUUUCUGAAAUAUGUGAAGAGAAAUAUCCGGAAAUCAUGAAGUUUCCAGAUGAGUUGACCCAUGUGGACAGUGCCAGCAAAGUUUCUGCCCAGAUAAUGAAGGCAAGUCUGGACUCAAUGGAACGGCAGAUCCAGCGCCUAGAGAAUGACAUCAAGAACUUUCCCAAAGUGACCGAUGAAAAUGAUAAGUUUGUUGAGAAGAUGUCUAGUUUUGCCACCCAUGCUAGAGAGCAGUACGAGAAGCUCGCCACGAGGCACAAGAACAUGCUGAAGAUGUACGAGACCCUGAGCAGCUACUUCCUUUUUGAUGCUCAGACUGUAAAUGUAGAAGAUUUCUUUGGAGACCUCAAUGCAUUCCGCAUCCUGUUUUUGGAGGCACUGAAGGAGAAUCAUAAGAAGAGAGAAAUGGAGGAGAAGGUCAAAAGAGCCAAACUGGCCAAAGAAAAAGCCGAGAGAGAGAAGCUAGAAAGACAGCAGAAGAAGAAGCAGCUGAUUGACAUGAACAAAGAAGGAGAUGAGACUGGGGUCAUGGACAGCCUGAUGGAAGCUCUGCAAUCUGGGGCAGCCUUCCGUGACAGGAGAAAACGAGCACCUCGCACUGGAGAGCCAAGCCCACCAAGUCCAACUUCAAGGUGGCCUGCUGGGGCUAAGGAUAACCGUCGUGUCGGCUUGGAAAGAUCUCGAUCACGGCACAAUGGGCAUUCAUUGGGCUUGUGAUACAACCCUUCAUGCCCAAGAGCCAAAGACACAGAGACGGAGUGGAAGAGCAUUCGGAAUGAAUAACCUACAAAAAUAUUUUUGCUUUGUUUUUACUUUUUUAUUGAUUACAAAAAUAAAAAAUGGAUUGAAGAUACAGUAUAAAUUAGACUUAUUGGAGUAACGAUUCAACAGACUUUUCAACAGAUGCUCUAUUCGAGCCUGCCUUACCAAGUGCAUUUUUAUUUUUUCAAAACUUGCAUGAGUGCUUCAAAGACAUAUGCAUAUUUUAUAGUUUCUGUACUGUAACUUGGGGUAAUAGUCAAAAUAUUUCAUAUUAAACUCCUUGAUGCUGUACAAAUGCAAUGCUGUUUCCACUUAAAAUGACUGCUGUCAGCUUAUUCUGCUGUGGUUGAUCUGAAUGUUGAAGAGCUGUACUUUCAGUGUCUUUCUACUCAGUCUAAGGGGCUAUUUCAAAAUGCAUAAAAUACCACAGAAUAACACAGUAUUCACAUCAUAUUGAUCUUUGUGACCAUUUGUUACAGGAAACAUUACACGCCUUGCCACAUUUCCGUACAAAUCAUUUAGGAUGCUGUAACCUUAUCAGGGAAAUGUAUAGUUCAUAUAAGCUUUUAUGUGAAGAUGUACUUUAAACAUUUCAAGUUCAUUAACAUCUUUGGACUUGGUGAACACUUACUAUGAAAGCAAGGAUGUUGCAUUAGGCAUUUAUCAUUAUCAUUAAACAAGGGCAACUGUCUAGUAGUUUUUAAAAUCAUAUAAUCAAAGGUAAAUCCUGACAGAGAUGAUUUGUUCCUUUCUGUCUUCAUUUUGUUGUUUCUUUUUUUAGUUGAGAAACUAGACAGUCUUAAAUGUUUAAACAUAUAGGUGACAUCUGAAAGAGUCCCACAAAUUGUCAUUUCCCACAUUAAUUAAUAAUCAGUACACAUGGAUAUACACACAUCAGCUCAUGAGACAGGUUUCAUUUGCAGGAUUGAUUCAUUAUGUGUUGAGUCAUUCACGACUUAAAGUAUCCUCAAAGCAUUAAAACGGCUUAGUAAAUGCUUAUGAACAUGCAGGCUUUACAGCUUGCGUAUGAGAUCUGUCAUCUUGUAAAUUACCGUGCACCCAAACUGACAAUAUUCUCUGACUCCUUUAAUAGGCUUUAUUUUCACACUUAAUUUUGUUGUUACUUCUUCCUAGAUUAAAAAAAAAAACAAGCCAUGCUUUUUUUGUGUACAGUAGAAAAUCAGAAAUCUUGUUUCCCUGGAAUUAUUAUACACACAGAAGAUUACCUGUUAUUUGCAAGGUGUUUUAGGUUACACAACAAUUUAGAGUUGCACGUAUUCUGAAAGAUGGCUGUGUACUUGCAAGGCCUUAAUCAAUUUGGCACACUUUUAAUAUUAGCACACACAAACCAACACUUUAUUAAAUGAACAAAUAUCUUCUCUUUGUCAUUUCUAAAUUGUCUUACUCUCUUAAACUGAUUAUAGGUUCAUCGUUAUUACUACAGACGUUCAAUACCUGACUACAAGUCAGGUCAGAAAUGUUCAAAGACUUUAGAGUGGCAGGCAACACUAACUUUGGGUGUGUUUGUUUACUGUUAAAAAAAUCUCCAUUUAAUUACGUGUAGCUUAGAAAGAUAAAGGAUGAGAUUAUUCAUGGAUUGUGAUGAACAAAACAGGGAGGUUUUGAUUCGACAUUAAAUUUCAUUUGGCUGGUGCUUCUUCAAAAAGUAAAACUCACCAAAAAGAUUUUUUGAGGUUUCUGCAGAGAAGUGCAGAGUGUAUUUUAAAAGUGUGACAGGCUGUCACUUUGUGUGUAAAUAAACAACCUUUUUUUUUCUACUGAAUUUGAAUAGCAUACGACACUUACACAAUGAGACAACUUUGUCAACUAUAGUAAUCAUUAACUAGGAAAAACAUGGACCGCUGGUCUUUAAAGAAAGUUGGUUCAGGUUCUUAUGAAACACAGUAGGCUACCCCAGAUCACUCUGGUGAGAGUGCUGCCAAUUCUUUCACGCCCUAAUGGUAUCUACAAUGAAAACAAUCAUUUGGCCUGUGCAAUGUGCUUCACUGUCAGCAGAUUUCUCCACUGUCACACCACCUGAAGCCUAAAUAUGUGGCCAGGGUAGCCCACACCUCCAAUUCAAGCGUCGAGUAAGGCGUAUUCUUCAUAAACUCUCUGUUAAGACCAAGAUCAAGUUUCAAGGCGCAGUGCUUCGUGAGUUUUCAUGUGACACAUGGACAACCCUUACCAUAUACAUUUUUCAUAAUAAGUUCCUUAAAUUGUGUCAGCACAUUGCGUCCUUAAAAAAGAUUCAGUCACAUAUACAGCAUGUCUGAACACCGUCACAGAAUCUGUAGCUUGAAUUCCGUUUCAAUGAAUACAUGAAUGGUUUCAUUCUGAACAAAUCACUGCCUGGGUUAUGUUUCCAGAAUUGCAGGGCAAGAACCUGAGCUGUCAACCCUACUCUUCUAUAUCCAUAUCAAAAUCAAGCGAAAGUUUUGCACUUGAUACGAUUUUCAGAGAUCUACUUGUAUUUUUCACUUUUUCAGGUACAUAUUCUGUUUUAUUUUUAUAUUUUUUAAUAGUGCUACUUAGUAUGGUAUUGCUAGCAGAUAACCUAAAAUAUUAAUAAUUUUCUUAAAAUGUUUACCAUUUCCACCACUCAAAGGAGAAUCUCCAUAGGAUGAUAGAAUUUUUAAAAAGUUACCUGCCAUGUUCAUUUUAUUUCUUUAAAAUUUUUGGUUGAUAUUAUUGUGAUUAUACCAAUUAUAAUUCAUACCACAAUUACUGGUUUAUAAGAUGGCGUCACUUGUAAUGAAAUUUUGCAAUAAAAGGAAAGCAAAUAUACCUCAAAAGGGAUUUUUUCGAGGAAUUCUGUUACACGUGCAGUCUGAGCACGUUUGAUUAGCCACACGACAUGAGCGUACAAUGUUAUUCUAAAUCCCCAGUGAAAGAGCUUAUGAUAAGUUAAAUAUUUUUUGAUAAAUGAAAAGUUUUGCUUUGUUUUCAAAAACAAGAAAAAUAAUACAUGUUAAUCUCUUACACAGUUUACAUUGAUCUGCUGUGACUAAUAAGGGAAAUGAUUGCUGUCAUCUUAAAGAGAUGUGUAUGGCUUGUAGAGCACAUAGCUUAACAUGUUAUCGAGCCCAGGAACUUCACCUUUGAUUUUCUGAUUCCUCCUCCUGAGUAGUCACACCGAUAGAAGUCCACACAUAUGUUUUCUUUUUUUUCCUUCAGAAUCAAGUUAUAACAGAACGUGUUAAUGCAAAAUCAAGUCAGCAGCACAUUAAACGUCGAAGGAUAGGCACACUUACUAAGUGAAUGUGGGAAAAAAAUUGCUACUAGUGUGUUAAUAGUUAAAUAAAUAUUUGCGAAGGAUGUCACAAAUUGCACCACUUUUCUGAAGAUGUCCAAAGGCCUGUCAGCUUUUUCUUUUUUUUAUUAUUAUUAUUAUUGUUGUUGACAGGGGUCUUAAAAACACUUUAUAUUUGUAACAUCAAUUUUAUUUUGUAUUUGAAACACUUUGAGAAAAUGUUUGUGCACUGUACUGAGUAGAGUAUUAAAUUAUACAACUAAAUAACCACUUUGGUUUUAUAAGUUUAAUUAAACAUGAAAGGUAUGUCAUUUCUUGUGAGGAUAUUUAAUUUCUGUUAUGUUAAAGACUGUGAUGUCACGCAAAACCUUGAAGAACAGAGAACUGCAAACAUUCUAUUUUAAUGAAUCCAAUGUUUUCCUCCAGAUGCAGUGACUUUGCAUUUCUUCUGUUAUGUUACUUUGAAAUAUACCUUUUAAAUGAA